AUGCUAUCUCGGCUCAAUUCUCCCAUCACCACAACAAUCCGCAACAAAGCGCGCGGAGUUAUUGUGCAAAGUUACGCCGCCGACGUGCUUCCCUACAAAGGAAAACCGGCAAACGCGAAAUCGAACCGUGUUCGUUUGGAAGCCGGUAAAACGUACAAUUGGUGUUCGUGUGGAUUGAGCAUUAGUCAACCGUUUUGCGACGGAACUCAUAAGAUCAACGGGUUGACCAAUGUGAAACCGGUGGCUUUUCAAGUGGAGAAAACUGGGGAUUAUUCGUUGUGCGACUGUAAACAGACUGCGACUCGACCAAUUUGUGAUGGAGCACAUAAAGAUGUAGGCGAUUUUGGGGAAAUUCUUGAUUUUGGGGGAAAAAUGGAAAAUUUUGAUGAAUUUUGAAAUGAAAUUCAUGAAAAAUCGAUAAUUUUGUCGUGUGAUAUGAAUUUUAUUCAAAAAUCGAUAAAUUUCCUUGAAACCUGAUAAUUUUGAGGCGAAUUUCAUGAAAAUUUGCAGAUUUUCAUGAAUUUCAGCGAAAAUUCUGAAAAUUUACAGUUUUUUACCUAGAAAUUGCAGAUUUUCAUGAAUUUCAGCCAAAAUUCUGAAAAUGCAUGGUUUUUUACCUAGAAAUAGCAGAUUUUCAUGAAUUUCAGCAAAAAUUUACGGUUUUCACCAAGAAACCACUGAAAAUGAAUAAUUUCUAGUUAAAAUGAUGAUUUUCAAAUUGCCACGUCAUGUGUUUACGUAAAAAUUUGAAUUUUCAAUGCCACGUGGAUUUAAAUCCAAAUUUUACACUGAAAAUUCAAAGAUUCCCUCAAAAAUUAAUUAAUUUUUCGAAUUCGGGUGAGCAAACGCGCUCCAAUGAUAAAAUAUCGAUUUUUCAUGAUUUUCGAGCGGAAAACAUGGGUUUUCACUCAAAAAUCGAUGAAAAAUGCGAAUUUUUGCUUAAAAUUAUUGAUUUUCCAGGUUUCAAAAGCUCCACGCGAUCUUCACGCCUCCCGCCAAGUCGCCUUCCACGAAUCGCCAGUCUACGAAGGUGUCGCCCACAAAUUGGGAUACAAACCCAAAAAUGGCGGUUUCCAAUAA